AUGUCAAGAGUUGCGGAACAACAACAACAACAAAUUACACAACAACAACAACAAGGUGAAUCAGGUUCGAAAAAAGUUCGUAUUAGAAAAGCUUGUGAUUCAUGUAAUGUGAAAAGAACUAAAUGUGAUGGGAAUCAUCCAUGUGCUCAUUGUACUCAAGUUAAAAUACCUUGUACAUAUUUAAGACAAGAAAAGAGAAGAGGUCGUGCAAGUGAAAAAUAUCCAAAAGAUAUAAAGAAGAGGAAAGCAAAAAAUUCUUCUUCAACAACUACUUCACCAAAUAAUGAUGAAAAUUCUUCACCUAUAAAUGGAUUAGGAACUUUUAUUAUACCAAGUAAAAAACCUGAUGCUUCAAUUAUUACCCAUAGAAGUUUAUCAUCUUCAAGAUCUUCAUUUAUAUUAUCACAAUCUUCAAGAAGUAAUUCCACAGCUUCAAUUAAUGGUGAUUUCCAAUUAGGUUCAACAAAAUAUAAGAUACUUGAAACAAUAUCAAAUGAAUUAAUUCAAGUUGGUUUACCAUUUGAAGCUGCAGAUGAAUUAUUUGAUUUUUAUUUUGAUGAAUUUUAUCCACCAGCUUCAAAAGUUUUUUCAAUUUUAAGACAUCCAACAAUGCUGGCAAGUAGAAGACCAACUAAAUCAAAUUUAUUAUUAGCUAUAUUAUUAUCAAGUGCAGUUCAAGUUGAUAAUCGAUUCUUUACUGGAAGUUCAAGAGCUUCUUUAUGUAAAAGAAUGUAUGAAGUUAUUCAAAAUCAAUUACCUUCUAAAUUAGAAGAUGUUACAUUAGAUGAUUUCAUUGUUACAGUUCAUUUAGGAUUUUUAAUGCCUUGGUUAUCUUAUCCAAUUGAUUCUGUUUAUUGGUGGGAAGUUGGUUAUGAAUUUGGUGUUGCAUUAAAUUUAAGAACAGAAAAUCCUAAUGAUACAGAGGAAAUUAAAGAAGAAAAAAGACGUGCAUGGUGGGGGCUUUAUAUAUUGGAUAGAAUGACUGCUUUUUGUUUUAAUAGAAAUACAAUUAUUAAAGAUGAAGAAUGUUCACAAUUACAUUUACCUGGUGAUGAAUCUAAUUGGGUUCAUUUUGAUAAUAUGUUACAACCUGCAGAAUUUGAUCCUAAAAGAGUUAGAUCUAUAAGAUUUGGUACAGUAUCUGAUGGGAUUUAUGGUUGGUCAUUACCAUUAUUACGUCUAACAGGUAUAUUUGUUGAAUAUAAAGCUUUAUAUAAUACUCAUGCUGAUCAACAAAAAAAUUCACAAUUAAGAGAUGAAUUAAUUAAAUUAGCAAAUCAAAAUUUAGAUGCUAUAGUUAAAAAUGAAUUAAAUGCUCAUACAGCAUCAUGCCCUGAAAAGGAAAAUUCUUAUAGUAUGGAUAUGUCAUAUGCAAGAUAUAUAAAUUUAGUUUUAACAUUUAUAUUAGAAGAUACUCAAGGUUGGGGUGUAUUAGCAGGGUUUUCAAAUAGUACAGCAGAUGUUCAAAUUUCUAGAAUUGCACAAUGUGUUCAAGUCUUGGAAGAUAUUAUGAAAUUAGAUGAAGAUUUACAUAGAUAUCCAUUUAUUUUCAGUUUUUAUCUCUUUUUAUUUGGUAUAACUAUAUUAUCAAUGUUGAAUGAUAUUAAUGGUACAGAUAAUAAUACAAUAACUGAAAUUAAUAGAUAUAAAUAUUAUGUUAAAGUAUUAGUUCGUGGUAUGGAAGCAGUUAUGACAACAUUCCCACUGGAUUAUUUAAAAAUGGUUAGAAAUCAAUUAAUUUCAAGUAUAAAAGAUUGUGAAAAUUUAUUAUUAUUAACAGAUUAUCUUGAUAAAUUUAAAGAAAAUACAAGGAAAAGAAAAGAUGCUCUUAGAGCAUAUAGUUGGGAUGAAGGUGGUCGUGGUAUUGCAAUAUAA